CUGAAAAUACUCAAAAACAAUAACGAAAUCCGUAAAAGCUAACCAAAAAAAUCGCUUUUUCAAAAUUUUCACGCUUGCGGGAGGAGAAAAGUAAUCGAGAAUCCCUGUCAUUUUCCUCCAAUUUCGAUUACGUAUACGCAUACGCGUACGUAAAUGUACGUGCAUAUCUGUACAGAGACGAUCAUUCGGUAAUUGGAAGGUGUAUUUAUAGUAUAAAUAAUUUUGGAGAAGUGAAAAAUGGCACUGUUGCGGAAAUUGUUUUAUCGGAAGCCGCCCGAUGGACUCCUGGAGAUCUCCGAGCGUGUUUACGUAUUUGAUUGCUGUUUUACAACUGAUGUUUGGGAUGAAGAAAACUACAAAGGCUAUGUAGGAGGCGUCAUUAGUCAACUCCGGGAUCAGUUUCCUGAUGCCUCAAUCUUGGUUUUCAAUUUUCGUGACGCUGAGUGGCAGAGCCGGAUUGCAAAUGCUUUGUCUGAAUAUGAUAUGACCAUAAUGGAUUAUCCUCGUCAGUAUGAGGGUUGCCCAUUACUCCCCAUGGAGGUGAUCCAUCACUUUUUGAGAUCUAGUGAAAGCUGGCUUUCACUUGGACAGCAAAAUCUGCUUGUAAUGCACUGUGAACGUGGUGGUUGGCCAGUUUUAGCUUUCAUGUUGGCCGCAUUGUUGAUAUAUAGGAAACAAUACAGUGGGGAGCAGAAAACACUGGACAUGGUUUAUAAGCAGGCUCCACGGGAACUGCUCCACUUGCUUGCACCGUUGAAUCCAAUUCCUUCUCAGUUAAGGUACUUGCAGUAUGUUUCAAGGAGGAAUCUAGUAUCACAGUGGCCACCACUGGAUAGGGCACUUGCUUUGGAUUGUGUCAUUAUCAGAAUGAUACCUAAUUUUGAUGGAGAGGGUGGUUUUCGACCAAUAUUUCGUAUUUACGGUCAGGACCCCUCUCUUGUUGCUGAUCGUGCUCCAAAGGUUUUAUUCUCAACUCCAAAGAGGAGUAAAGCUGUUAGGCAUUACAAACAGGCAGAAUGUGAGUUGGUUAAGAUUGAUAUAAACUGCUGUAUCCAAGGUGAUGUUGUCCUGGAGUGUAUUAGCUUGUACGAUGACAUGCAACGUGAAAAGAUGAUUUUCCGAGCUAUGUUUAACACUGCCUUUAUCAGAUCAAAUAUUUUAAUGCUUAAUCGCGAUGAAAUUGACAUAUUGUGGGAUGCCAAGGAUCUGUUUCCAAAAAAUUUCAGGGCAGAGGUCCUUUUCUCGGAGAUGGAUGCAGCAACUUCCGUAGUUCCGGGGAAUAUGUCCUGUUUUGAAGAGAAAGACGGCCUUCCAGUGGAGGCAUUUGCAAAAGUUAAUGAGAUCUUUAGCAGUGUGGAUUGGCUGAUUCCAAAGGCAGAGGCUGCACUCAGUGUGAUUCACCAAGUGGCUGCAUCAAAUGUUGUCCAAGAAAAGUUGGCUGCUGAUGCUUUCCAUACUAUGGGAAGCGGCACAUCCCCAAAAGAAAUGGCAGCUGAAAAGCUUCAGGAGAAAGAAAACUCUGCAGCUUUAGAGGAAAUUGUUAAGAUUUCCACGUACUUGAUGUCCAAGGAGCAGUCUGGCUCCUCUACCGGUUCUCUCUUGGAUGUAGAUGUGAAUAAACAGACAGUAGGAUCGCAAUCUGUACAGAGUGGUAUAGUGACUGCAAAAUUGCCACAUCCGGUUGCUCCGUCUGAAUCUUGUAUGAUCACUGCUGAAAAGUCUAGUCUUACAUAUUCACAUUCAGACGUUAUGCCUACAGCUUCACCUCUCUUGCCAGCUUAUCAGGAAAAGCAUACUUCAGAAACCACACCUGCAGAAGUAUCAUCCCAAAAUGAACCUUGCAUAUCUCCACAGGAAAUUGGUGAGAAAAAAAUAGUCCCAAUUUUCUCUGCAACUGAGCCUGAACCUCAUACAAUUACUCCUUCAACUAAACCUAUUCCUUCACCUCAACCUCUAAAGGAUGCAAUUAUUGAUUCUCCAUCCCCUCCUCCAUUGCCCCCACACCCUACCACACCUCCUCUGAUGGAUAAAAUAACCAGACCUCCUCCACCUCCACCUCCACCCCUUCCCACUGUUUCAUCUAUAGCAGCAGAAGUAGCUAGUAGUAGGGCUCCCCCAUCACCACCCCCACCGCCAACUACUUCUUUGAUUGAAAAUGCAACUAGCAGUACUGGAACAUGCCAAGUAGCUUCUCUAUCCCCUCAGGUUUCAACUGAAUCUUCUUUUGUUACUUCACCCAGAAGAACUGGACCACCACCUCCCCCACCAACCCCUCUACUCCCACUGCCUUUUACUGCAUCAACCAUAGCAGAAAAAGCAACUAAUAGCAGGGCUUCUUCACCACCACCUCCCCCACCAUCACCACCUAUAAAUGCUACAUUGAUUGUACAUGCAACUAGUGCUACCAAAGCAGCACCACUACUUCCUCCACUGCCUCAGCUUUCGACUGCUUCUUUUCCAGAGACUUUGCCUAGAAGAACUGGGCCACCCUCACCACCUUCUCCACCUGAUACUGCUGCUUCUUUAACAGAAAGUGACGUUGGUAGAACUGGGCCACCUCCCCCUCCUCCUCCACCAACUCUGACCCCUUUAGCUCCACCUAUGAAGAAAGUUUCAGCUGUUGAAGCUAGGCCACUCCCCCCUCCUCCUCCUCCUCCAGCAACGCCCUCAUCUUCUAGAGAUGGAAUGCCUCAAGUUCCAUCCCCUCCAACUCCACCUCCUCCUCCUCCAGUCCCUCCCUUGAAGGAGAUUUCAACUCCUAUAGGUGGCCCACCUCCACCACCACCUCCUCCAGCAACGCCCUCAUCUUCUAGAGAUGGAAUGCCUCAAGUUCCAUCCCCUCCAACCCCACCUCCUCCUCCUCCAGUCCCUCCGUUGAAGGAGAUUUCAACUCCUAUAGGUGGCUCACCUCCACCACCACCUCCUCCUUUAGUCUCUGGACCUUCUGCAGGACAUAAAAAUUUAUCAGUGAGGCCCCCACCACCCCCUCCUCCGACGAUGGCUGCCUCAGCCAAGGAUAGCUCCUCUUUGAUUCCAUCAGCGCCUCCUCCUCCGCUCCCUUCUAAUGGGAAUCUUAAAGGAGGUUUUGGGCCAACUCAUUCUGUUUCAACGGCUACUGGUAGCAGUGGUAGCUUGUCACCAUCUCCCCCUCCUCCUUCUGCUCCUCUGCCUGGUAAAGGAAGAAACUUAUUAUCACGUACCAUACCAUCAAAAAGCAAUCAGACCAAAAAAUUGAAGCCUCUGCAUUGGCUGAAAUUAACAAGAGCUGUGCAAGGAAGCUUGUGGGCUGAGUCACAGAAAUCUGGUGACACUGCCAAGGCUCCAGAGAUUGAUAUUUCCGAACUUGAAUCACUCUUCUCAGCUGCAGUUCCAAGCUCAGACAGGAAAGCAAAUUCGCGGGCAUCACUGGGGCAAAAACCUGAGAAAGUGCAACUGAUUGAUCAUAGGCGUGCAUAUAAUUGUGAGAUCAUGCUGUCAAAGAUAAAGAUACCAUUGCCCGACUUAUUGAGUUCAGUGCUUGCCUUGGAAGAUUCAGCACUGGAUGACGAUCAGGUUGAAAACCUGAUAAAAUUUUGCCCAACAAAAGAGGAAAUGGAACUGCUAAAGGGUUAUAAAGGAGAGAAAGAUAAGUUAGGAAAAUGUGAACAGGUUUCUUUAAUUUUGGUUAUCCACUUUAAAUUAUUUUCUUUCUAUCAAGAAGGAAUAAAUUUGCCGUUCUGUUUGGCCAGCUCAACUGAGUUAAAAAUGGUAUUAUUUUUGUGUUCUUUUCAGUUCUUCUUGGAGUUGAUGCAAGUACCACGAAUAGAAUCUAAGCUCAGAGUUUUCUCUUUUAAGAUUCAGUUCCACUCCCAGGUUUCUGAGCUACAGAAGAAUCUAAAUAUUGUAAAUUCUGCAGCUGAUCAGAUCAGGAGUUCAGUCAAAUUGAAGAGAAUCAUGCAAACAAUUCUUUCAUUGGGAAAUGCAUUGAACCAGGGAACUGCAAGGGGCUCUGCAGUCGGGUUCAGAUUAGACAGCCUUCUUAAACUUACCGAUACACGCGCUCGAAAUAACAAGAUGACACUAAUGCAUUACCUUUGCAAGGUGCUUGCUGAUAAACUGCCAGAACUUCUGGAUUUUUCCAAAGAUCUAUCUAGCUUGGAACCUGCUUCAAAGGUCCAAUUGAAAAUUUUGGCAGAGGAGAUGCAAGCUAUUAGCAAAGGACUUGAAAAGGUCAUACAGGAGUUGUCCAUGUCUGAAAAUGAUGGGACUGUGUCUGAAAAUUUUUGCAAGGCCUUGAAAGAGUUCCUCUCUUUUGCUGAAGGAGAAGUGAGAUCCUUGGCUUCACUCUAUUCUGGGGUGGGCAGAAAUGUUGAUGCGUUGAUUCUGUACUUUGGAGAAGAUCCAUCUCGUUGCCCAUUUGAACAAGUUAUUUCAACCAUUCUCAACUUUAUGAGAAUGUUCAAUCGAGCCCAUGAGGAAAAUUGCAAGCAGCUUGAGUUUGAGCGAAAGAAAGCAGAAAAGGAAGCUGCAGCUGAAAAACUUCAGUUAGAUGGUCGAGGAAAAGGAGCUGAGCACAUGGUACAUUCUCCAAUUAAGAGUUAGGUAAUCAUACAUUGGACCCUUCCACUUCCACUUCCAUUCCACGUUAAGACUAUACAAUCUAGCCUAUGAUGCUUUAACGCUACAAGCUGUACCAGUCCAUUAGGCUGCUUAAGUCUCAACAUCGAAUCGUGGUGGUUAGUAGGGAAGCAAUGUGCAUUAUACCAGUCCUAGGUUUGUAAGAUAGCAUGUUCUGACAGCGUUUAGAAUUUGAUAAGAGUAGGCGUGAAUCCUUAUCUUCCUAAUGGCGACUUCAGUUUCUCUGACUCCAGUGUAUUAUAUAUGAAUCCUUUUCAGGAGAAUCUGGAAAUUUACGACCUGUUUGUAGUAGGUGGGUCGUGAAUAAGUCUUUCUAGCAAAAUAAACAGAAGCCAAGAAAGAUUUCGGUAAAAAAAAAAAAAAAAGUGGUCUGCAUUUCCUUUGUAUUAAUUAGUUAUUUUCUGGUAAAUCUUUAGAUUGUUUCAGCUAAAUUAUUUGCCAAUCAUGUAUAUAUGUAGCAACUUUUAGCUGCCGUCAAGAAGAGCAACAUGUUUCCAGGUGAUUUUUUAUUCAA